CAACGUGUACGAACGUGCCGAGUGCGCGGCGGUGAGCAUGAUACAGGACUCUGAACCUUGCCGCGCCUCAUAAGUAAUCACCAAACUCACCAAAUCCCAGCCGCCUCGCCUGCGGCACGCGAAGAGCGCCAGCAGUAGCCGUUCAAAAGAGCAGCACCCGCUCAGUGCAGCGCAGCGGCCCGCGUGCCCAUAAACCAUGCUCCGCCUCCUCGUGGUAGCAACCGCCGCCGCGGCGCCCGCGAGCCUCUUCUCGGAGCCCGUCUCCGUCCACUUCCAGGGCGAGCCGGUGCCCCCGGCCCGCGCGCGGCCCGCGAAGGUCCCGCGCGACGAUUCAUUAAGAGGGAAGCUCGCCCGGACGGCCCUGAAGGCCGUGACCUACGCGUCGCGACGGACGAGCGAGGGUUUACAAAGAGCCUCGAACUACCUCGAUGGCACCGCGACGCGCGCGGAGGGCGCCCGGCAAUUACUCAAGACGCUGAAGAAGAAGGACACCCUGUCUACAACGCGGCGGAAGCGCUUCUGGCCGUCGCCGCGGCCGACGCCGAGCUACAACGCUACGACGCGGCAUAGGAAGCGCGACGUCCUGCGCCAAUCGACCCAAAGCCUCGUCUUCCGAUGUCUGGGCGUCGCGGCGGAGCUCUGGCGGCGCUUCAAUCUGUUGCGGGAGCGGAGCCUGCUGGGCAUGCUCGUCUUAGCUUUUGCGCUUGGGAGGGCGACGCUCUCGCCGACAAAGCGGGACCCGUUUCACAAAAAGCGCCGCUGGUCGGCGCUGUUAUACCUACUAUUGAAGUGGCUCUGCGUCGUGUUUUCGUUAAGAGCCGUGUUGCGGGACCCGUCCCUCAACCGGACGCGCGUCGAAGUUAAUGCAGAACCGGCGCUGCCCGGUCUGAGUUCGCACGCCAAGACCGCCGACUUGAUAGAGUACAACAUGGCGGCCGUCUGGCGCUCUGGAUUGGGCGCCUACUUCAGUCGGAGGGCUACUGGUGAAUUGCGACGAGCGCUGAAAACGCUCGACGCUUCUUUUGAAGUCAAGGAAGCGGUCGUGGACUUCGGGCUCAGGCCGCCUCGUAUCAAGGAGAUGCGUCGACUCGUCGAGACGCCUUCCUUUUUAGUAGAAGCUCUGGAACAGCGAAGUGGUACUCAGAAACCGACGCUAGCCUUCGCCGUGGACCUGGAAGCGUGGUCCAUCGACACGCAAGCCUUCCUGACUUUAGAUCUAGAACUGAGGGGUCGGUUCGCGAAGUUCGGCCUUCCAAGAAUAGGCGCUGUGUUCGAGGACGCGCAACUGUCUCCGUCUACUCUAUUAGUGGCCGUGGAGCUGUCGGAGGACUAUCCCUUUCUCGAGCAUCUGGCCGCGGCCUUUGACGGGAGUCUGCCGCGAUUAACAAGUACGGCACUCGUCGGCGAGGACGCGGACGCGGCCUCGGUCCCAUUUCCCGUGUUUUCUGAUUCGAUGGACGAUGAAGUGAGAAAAGCCCUACCGACGGCGCCCGAGUCCCUGGCCUUUGACUUGGGGCGGUGGCUCGUCGAGUGCUCACCUCCCGAGGCGCCGCUCGUUGUACAAGAGGCGUCCGAGGUGAAGGAGGAAUUCGACUGCGACGGGCCUUCGAAGGGCUGGCGUCGUCUGGCACGCUACGCGCGGUGCCGGCUGCCGCGGCCUUCAACGGAGAAGGCCGCGACGACGGCGCCCGCGGCGGACGUUACAGAAAGGCGGAAAAGAUUGUUGGACGCGGCCGCUUCAUUAGGUGCGGAGCACGACUCGCUCGUCCAGGAGGCGCGGGGGCGGCUGCGUCGCCAGCUCGCGCGGGAGCUCCAGUCGCUCGCGCCGUUCCGCUUCAACCGGCGGAAAUUGCAAGCUCAUCUGAGGGACGAGCCGAUGCGCGCGUACGUGCACUACAGCCAGCCGGCCGCCUGAUGUAUAAGAUCCCUUGUUUGUAUACUACACA